AUGCAAGCAUCGGAAGGCUCUUAUCGAGACUUGGAAAAGAAAUUGAAAGAUGGUCUGACGUCGAUUUCUGCUGACAUCGUCGACAAGUACGGGAACAUGAAAGUUGCCCUGAAUGUGAAUGCGACGGCAAAACUGAUUUUCGAUCGCCUCGAGAAUCUGGAAGAGCUCUCCGACAUUUCAAGUCGCGAUUUGAUGAAACUGAUAGAAGAAACGGAGAAAGAGAAUCCUGAGAUGUUGACAGAUAUCAAAGCGCAGGCAGAUUCUUGCGAGAAACUCGUAGAUUUUAUUCAGUCUGUGAGUGUACAAAAGAAUUCAAAAGACUCAAUCAACAGUUUCAGAUGAAAUACGUAGAAGAGCAGUUGGUGAUCAUGAGAAGCAAGACGACGAAUCGAAUGGACUGGGGCACUGCUAUCAACACUUGCAAAGAUCGCAUUCAGGACACAAACACGCUUCUGAAAGACAUUCAAUGCGAGGGAUUCGACAUGAGUGUUCCGUUGAAGCACUUUUCCGCCGAGUACUCUUCCCUCAGUUUCAACUGUCGUUAUCAGCUGUCUACCGAUUACGAGCGAGCCAUGAAUGUUCCGAAGGUGUCGAAAAAGAAAGGAAGGGACCAUUCAAACAUAUCCUUCGUCGUUCAAAAAGUGGAGACAGCCGCUGAGCAGAAAAGUCUCAAUGAGACGCUCACAGCGAUGAAUAUGAUCGGACAACUGCCGGAACGCUUGGAGGCCUGGAAAACGAUCAUUCUUGACGUUUUCUGCGAGGCCAUCGUUUCGAGUCGCGACGGUGUUGAUGUCUUCUUGAUCGACAUGCCGACUCCAGAUCAAACGAGAUUCGUGAUGAGUCAGAAGCCACGUGGCAAGAAGGACAAGCCAAUGAAUGUGGAAAAAGUUCUCGAGUAGGAGAUCCCGCCAGUUCUUCGAAAUAAUGGUGGUAUUUUCAGAUCUAUGGAACUUUUUUUCUCAAAACUUUCGGAAGUUUUGGCGAAGAAUGAACUUUUGGAUGCGACCGGAAAAAGUUUGACGUCGAUGAUUGGACACACAAUUGAAGCGCCGCUUAUCACGAUGAUUCUGAAGGAUGUGAUUGCAAACGCGGCGCCCGUCUGUGAGACCGCCGAUGAAGAUCAGCAAUUGUUUCUGCAUCUCAUCGAGCGAGGGGAACUGUUCGUCGUCAAAAUGAAAGAUCUCGGAUUCUUCUCGCAAUCCGCCAAAUUGCUAUUCUCCCUCGACACUGACACAAUCUUCGUCGACCGUCGCUGUUUUGCCAUUCUUUCGAAAGCUAACAAAUUCAUCUGUGACACGUAUGAAAAACUGACGAGCGUGGGCGUCGAAGACAAUGCUGAACAGAACAUUGACAUGCUCGGAGAGGCGUUUGCGCACACUGAAGACGUCCGUAAACUGUACGGGAACGACAUGGCCCGUCUGUGGAGUCGUGACGGUGAAUCGCAGUUUCCUUCGUAUUUUGCAUUGCAAAAAUGUCUUGUUAGGUAAGAUUAUCCCAUUUUCCGUUCAAAAUUGUCUUCUUUGCAGUGAGUCCGCAUUUAAUUUCGUCAAUCUUCUGCGGGAUAAUAUGAAAGCAGUGUUCUCCACGGAAGACGAAAAAGCUCGUGCGCGAUUGGCGCUCAACGCCGAGAACAUCGUCCGUCUCUACGUGAUUCUGUCGCCGAGAAAACAUGCAGAGCUGUUCAGUUCGAUUCCAACGAUGGCCGCCGUUUUCUACAAUAACUGCUAUUACAUUUCUCACUGCAUUAUGACGAUGUCGUUCGAAGCGAAAGGAGAUACUCAGAAGACGUUGAUGGAACCGUUGCUCCUCGAUUCGGUGAUCAGACUCCGUAGUGUGGCAGCAGAUUGCAUGGAGAAGACGUUGACAAGAUGCAGGCGCGAGAUGACUGCUUAUCUGGAGGACCACAGCAUUUUCGAGCAUCUUCCAGUCAACUAUAAAACGACGAGAAGGACCUUCUCUUCGCCUGAUGAAAUGACAAAUUCUGCCGAUGUGAUCGUGCCGAAGGAAGAGCCAAAACUAAUCAAAUGCUUGGCAGCGUGUCUGCUUCACAUCCGUCUCAUUGCCAACAACCUACGCGAAGUUUUGACCGAGGUGGUCUACUGCAAAGUGGUCGGUUCUCUCAUUUCGUUCCUACUCGAUUCACUCGUUCGCCACGUCGUCAGCACGUCAGAUUUCCGCGAGAAUGAUGCGAAUGUGAUGGCUGAUGUGUUCAAAAGAUUGCUGGAAGCAGUUUCCAACAUUGUCACCUACAAGGAGCAGUCGAGAGUCACUGACUUCUGCGCUCGGGAAUACUUCCGACUCAACGAAGUCGUGUUCGUGCUUGGAAAUAGAAUGCAGGUGAACAAAAGCAUCCGGUCUUUCUCAUUCUGAUAAUCAAAUUUCAGGAUAUCGAACAUCGUUGGUUCAACGCCAAAGGCCCGAUGGCUGAGCAUCUGACGCGAAACGAAGUUAUCGGUCUUGUCAAAGCGCUCUUCUCGGAUUCGCCAAACCGUGCCGAACUGAUUGCUCGUCUCUAA